AUGAGCGACGGUAGAGGAGAUAUCAACAAUUGGUCAGGCCACAUCUAUGAACUGCACGCUUCUGCCUUCCGACCUAGCUGUACUACUCUUGAUAGCACACCGCGUUAUGUGCCGAACAUAGUCCACGAGCUAGAGAGAAAGAUGCUACUUCCAUACAUCGAAAAAGUAGAGAGGCAGCAUCGCUAUUCCGCCGUUGAAGUCCAGGUUAGAUCUGUUAAGCCGGUGGAACAAUUCUCGCAGCAAGCAAGACCAGUGCGGACAGCAACGCCUGCGCCAACACCAACAGCAUUAACACCUCACUUCCUAUCAACAACAACAUCACCACAAACGUCAAAAUCGAAACUGGUAUCUGGGUCAGAUCCAGAUCCGUCUCAGCCAUCAGAUGCCUCUUCUGCUGGCAACGAUGCAAAUACGAAAUAUUCGGACAGAGUACAGACUACGAAAGACGAACCGUUUGGUGACACGAAAUAG